UUUGAGGGUCAAGAGGGACAGAGACGGAAAGAGAAGAAGAAGAAGAAGAAGAGAGAGAGAGGAGAGAGAGAGAGGGAGGAGUCAUCUAAUCGAGUGGCGAAGGGUGGUUUCAUAUGGAGCUUCUUUUUGUGGUGGUGGUGGUAGUCGGGAAGAGGGUUUCGAAAGGAAGACCAAAAUAAACCAGAGAGAAGCUUGAAAUAACAGACCAAGUUCGGAAGACGAGAUACGAAGUAGCCCUUCUCCUCUCUUUCUCUCUCUCUCACCCUUUAUCUGCGAACAUUUAUUUCUCUCUCUUUAUUUCCCUGCUCAUCCUCUCUCUCCCCUCUCUCCCCCUUGCCUUUUUCGAUGAAUAGAUUUGAUUCGAUUUCCCCUCUCCUCGACACUCGUAAAGGGUUUGGGUGAUACUCGCUCAAAAUUUCAUUUUCCUUUUUCUAGUCUUUUACAUGUACUGUGUCAUUUUAUUUGUUUCAAGUAAUGAUGAGCUUGUCCAGAAAGGGUAUCUCAAACAACGACCCAAAGCUGAAUUCUCCAAGUAAGAAGACAACUUUGAAUCCAAAUGCAGCAGAGUUCAUUCCUUGCGCCCUUAGAACCUCAUCUGGAACCACCAGCAUUUCAGGUGUCACAUCGGGGCUAGUUGGUUCUGGAACAUCUGGAAAAGCAGCACUAGAUCGGUCAGAAUCUAAUGUAUCAAAUAAUUCUGAUGACGAGGCCCACCGGUAUUGGCGCCACCAGCUCCCUGAUGAUAUCACUCCUGACUUUAAGUUCAUGGGCGCAGAUGAUUUACAAGGACCCCGGAGCCUCUCGCUUGCAGGUUUGUCCUUAGAUGAUGCUGGGGAUGCUUCAAGGUUUUCUGCAUCUAUGGGCAAUGGACGGAUAUUGAGCAAGCAACAAGAAUUAUCUUCUCAUGGCAUUGAUGGUGAUGUCAUGAUUGAGAAGAUGAGAUUUUCAGUUCCAUCUUAUAGAGAAAAUCGGUCUUCAGCUGCUUUCAUGAAUCUACCAACUGAUAUUUGGCACAAGCAGUUUAUGAAUGGUGAUCAGCAUGUCAGCAGUGAAGGGGAGGGUUUUCCCUACAAUGGAAAUUCUGGCCCUGGAUUUGUAAAUGAUAUGUUAGGUGAGCAAUUGGUUUUGGAUGAUACCAACAUAAACCCUGUGGAGUAUUUGGCUUCCCAGUUCCCUGGUUUUGCUGCUGAAAGCCUUGCAGAAGUCUAUUGUGCAAAUGGAUAUGAUUUGAAUCUGACCAUUGAGAUGCUCACUCAACUUGAGUUUCAAGUAGACAAUGACUUGAAUCAGAAUCUUAGUUCCAAGACCCUCUUAUCUCAAAACUUGAGUGUGCUGGACUUCCCUGUGCUUUCGGCAACAGAUGGUCAAAAUGGACCAUUGAAGUAUUCUGGAGGAGACAUUCAACAAACUUCCAAUCCACUACAAUCAUCUGGUGAGGAUGGUAUCCUUUUCUUCAAGUCCAACUAUUCUUCUCCAUCUAGGGGUGCUAUAGAUUUCGCCUCAGCCAUCAGAAAACUGGCAUCUCAGGAGUUUGGUCAAUGGAAGUAUGAGGGAAAUGGUUCUACAGAUGCUAGUGCUGGCUCCAGUAAAAGUUCUAUCUUAUCAAGCUCCUACAGUGGAGGGCAUGGGAGAUCCAUUUAUGGUGCUAAGAUGCAAAAUCAUGGUACAGUUCAGACAUCUCCCAUUUGGCUUGAGACUGGAGAGGCAGUGGAAAAUAUGUAUUCGGAGCUGAGGGGGGAAGCCCGUGAUCAUGCACGCCUUCAAAAUGCAUGCUUUGAACAGGCACGGCAAGCACAUCUCAUAGGCAACAAGGCUCUAGUGAAAGGACAGCUGCAUAAUAACAUGCAUAUGAAAGCUGCUCAUGGGAAAGCUCAGGAAUCAUCAAUUUAUCAUCAGAGGAACCCAAUUGCUCCGGAGCUGCAGGGCUAUGGAAGGGGACAAGAGCAAUUGAUAGACCUUCAUGGACUUAAUGUCAAUGAAGCUAUUCGUAUGCUGAAGCAUGAGCUAAACAUCUUAAGGACCUUAGCCAAAUCUUCCCAGCAGCGCCUGCAGGUAUAUAUUAGUGUUGGUACAGGCCACCACACCAAGGGUUCCCGAACUCCAGCUAAGCUGCCAGUUGCUGUGGAGCAGUAUCUGCUUGAAGAGGAGCGCCUCGAUUGUACUCAGCCACAGCCAGGGCUGCUGCGGGUUGUGAUAUAUUGAUUCAGAUACGUGACACACUUUUUAAGGUAUAGGAGUUUUUGACAUAGUCAGGAUCCAACAAACCAUCAUUACCAAUUGUAUGUGUAUACUUGAGGAACUAGAAGAGAGAUAGGGAUAUCAAGGCCUGAAAAGAGAAAAAAAAAGGGAUAAAGGAAGAAAAGGAAAAAAAAGAGUACAUGUAUCAUUAGGGUUUAACAGGUAACAAGGUGUCACAUUUUGCAAGUUUUAAAAGGGGGCUUCACCAGAUUUCGUCACUGUUAUUUUUUCACGUGUUCUUGUAUCGUAAUUUUAUUUUUGAUUAAAUUCCUUUUUACCCCUCAUCUGUAACAGAAAGUGAUGUACAUUUCAUCUAGUCUGGGAAUCUGUGUAACAAUAGAAAUCUUGAUCCCAAAUUCGUAGAUACAUAAUGGAAAUUUUGGUCCUCUUAAUUUUCA